AUGGUGACCGCCCCUUUCUUGGGGAGGGCUAUUGCCCGACCUGUAACGGGCCUGUCAAGGAGACCAACAUCCAUAUGCACAUCUAAGAAUAUCUCGAGAAAAACAGCUGUUGCUGUCCUGAAUAGAGGUUUUACUCGAGACUUCAGCGCUACAUCGCUUCUUCAGGAAGAAAUCGACCUUGAAAAGACUCGCAACAUUGGUAUUAUCGCGCAUAUCGAUGCCGGGAAAACCACAACCACCGAGCGCAUGCUCUACUAUAGUGGCUUUACACGCCGAAUAGGGGACGUCGACGAUGGGUCGACAGUCACAGACUUUCUUCCUGCGGAGCGGGCGCGGGGAAUCACUAUUCAGUCUGCUGCCAUUACCUUCCAUUGGCCACCCCAGGGGGCAGCUGGCGAGGCCGACAAGCUAAGCGUCCAGGAGCUGGAUGACAAGCGUCUUCCAAGAUCGUCAGUCUCUCACACGGUCAAUCUGAUUGACACUCCUGGUCACGCCGAUUUUACAUUUGAGGUGCUUCGGUCGUUACGAAUCUUGGAUGGGGCUGUGUGUAUUCUGGACGGGGUUGCUGGCGUUGAAGCGCAGACGGAGAAAGUAUGGCACCAAGCAAGUACAUACCGAAUCCCACGCAUCGUGUACGUCAACAAGCUUGACCGAGACGGUGCCGCUUUUGGGAAAACAGUACGCGAAGUAGGCUCCAGACUGCAUGGCUGGCCCGCAGUCUGCCAAAUUCCAUGGUUCCAGGGAGGCGAUGGCCGGUUUACGGGUAUUGCAGACGCAGUCUCCCUUACCGGCCUUCUAUGGCAAGAAGCUGGAGAUGGGAAAUCAGUCAAGGCGUUCGACCUCGCGGGACUGGAAGCAGAGGAUGCAAAACUCGCUAGUGAAUUGAAGCGCGCUCGAACAGCUUUAGUUGAGCUGCUAAGUGAGCACGACGAAGACAUGGUUGAAAGGUUCUUUGAGCAUGAAGAGGACCAUUUGGCUAUUCCACCCAUUGACAUUCUUAAAAGCCUCCGGAAAUGUCUACUCGACCCUGCAAACAAGAUCAUACCUGUCUUUGCUGGUGCUAGUUUCCGCAAUAUAGGAGUGCAGCCUCUGCUAGAUGCGGUCACUAAUCUCUUGCCUGGGCCGACAGAAUCUCCUGACCCCGAAAUCAGUGUUGGAAACACUACUGGAAGGCUCAGUCGACUUCUUAGCGGAGAAUUGACAGUUGAUCAGAGCAAGCAAGCUACGACUGGGAAAUCCAAGCAGAAGAAAAAGGCCGCUCCACCUGCGGCUUCUACGAUAAAAAAUCCGGUUGCUAGUUUAGAGAGCUGUUCGUUAGCAUUCAAAGUUGUCAGUGACGCGAAACGUGGCGUACUCGUUUACGUUCGCGUCUAUUCCGGAUCUCUCAACCGACAAAGCCUUCUUUACAACACCAAUCUCAACGUUACAGAGAAAGCCCCCCGCCUUUUCAAGAUGUACGCCAACGAUGCUGUGGAAGUCGAGUCUAUCUCUGCAGGCCAUAUUGGAGUUGUUGCCGGUUUGAAACUUGCUCGGACGGGCGACACCUUGAUAUCCUGUGUAGGUAGCAGGAUGACUCCCCCAGAACCGCUCAAUACACUGCAGCUGCGUCCCAUUGACGUUCCUCCUCCUGUUUUUUUUGCAAGCAUCGAACCACACAGCCUCAGCGAGGAAAAGAACAUGCAAGAAGCUUUGGCAUUGCUACUACGGGAAGACCCCAGCUUACAAGUAACCAUCGACGAGGACUCUGGCCAAACACUGCUCAGCGGCAUGGGAGAGCUUCAUUUGGAAAUUGCCCGAGACAGACUCGUAAACGACUUUAAGGCCAAGGCAUCCAUGGGCCGCAUCGAAAUUGGCUACCGCGAGUGUGUCCUAGGCCAGUCCGGCGCCGUCACCAAGACCUUUGACAGAGAAAUCGCAGGACGCAAGGGCAAAGCCAGCUGCACAGCUGUCGUCGAGCCAUACGACUCAGCCGAAGAAAACACGGAUUUAGGAGAAAACAUCAUCUUCACGCAAACCCGCGAUGGGAACCAAAUCGUCAUCCGCGCUCCUGGCCUUGAUACCACGACGGACAAAAACGGUAACGAGCAGAGCUCCCAAUUACCGUCACAUCUAGACGUCAGCACAUUCCAAACAUCUCUCUUCAACGGUGUCCUCUCGGCGCUCGCGCGUGGACCCCAGUUCACAUUCCCUAUACAUAGCACACGAGUCACGCUGACCUGCGAUGUCGUCGAGCACCUUUUCGGAUCCGAAAGCAGCACCUCGGCCAUCUCCGCAGCGGCGCGACUCGCCACGCAAAGCGCACUGCGAGAGCUCGUCGCAACAGCCCCGAAAAAUAGCACUGCUCUGAUGGAACCCGUCAUGAACGUCAUCAUCAGCGUCGACGAAGCCAGUCUCGGCAGUGUGGUGCACGACAUCUCCUCGGCGCGCGGCGGACAUAUCAUAUCCCUCGACGAGGAAACCUCCAUUACCACCACCACUACCACAAAUAAUGAUGAUGAAGCCGUCGUCGACAUCGACGUAAGCAAAAUAUACGCUCCACCAGACCCAUUCGAGUCGCCAUCCGUGGCUGGUGGUCUUCCAACACAAGCUUCUGCAAACCAAGCGCGCACGAUCACAGCCAAGGUUCCCUUGAAAGAAAUGGUUGGGUAUUUGAAACAUCUGCGUAGUCUGACGGCCGGUCGCGGCACGUUUGUGAUGCAUGUUGAUCGGUUUGAGAAGAUGUCGGCGCAGCGACAAAAGGCGGUGUUGACGGAUCUAAGUAAUAUGUGA